CUUCCCACCUUUUUGCCCUCAAAAUCGUUGAGGGUUCUUCGGGCAAAUUAACCUCUGUCGAGGAAUGGAACGGUGAAAUCCUUAUUGACUGAAAUCUGCUCAUUUUGGAGCAAUGUAUCGUAAAAUCGUUAAGGGCUGGGCCGACGAAAAUGACACCAAUUGUAUUUUAAAAUGAGGAAUUGUUUCCCGGUAUACGGUAGUAUGGGGCUUUUGAAAGGGGACGGACGGACGGACACAUUAAUCUAUUGCAGGCUGGUACACUCAGUUUACAACUUCGUUCCAACCAGUAUUAUGAUGCAUUGUCUUUGAAACUGAUUGGUCUACACCACUGAGAUCCGCCUUCUCUACGGCCCAGUCUCACCACCAGCGUCAGACCCAGGUACCAGGGCAAUGCUACUACUAUCCAGGGCAUUUCGCAGCUUGGGAGCGAGCAGCUUCAACAUGGGAUGCCCGAAAAAAUAAUUAUAGCUUUGACCCUAGGAAUAGGUUUUAGCCUUUUAACUAGCCAGUUAAAAGGGUAAAACACAUUCCUAUAUCUUGUUACUGGCAAAGGAGGUCUCAUAAUGUAAAGGCUUUGACCCUGUCUGGCAGUAAUAAGACGGGAGAUCGUGUUAAGAUAUUCAAACACCAAAAAUAGAUUGAACCUUUUUCAGCCGAUGUCAAUUCACCAAUUCUCUCGCCGGCUGACAAAAUCUGCCGAUCCGCGGAAUCGGAAGUUGUUGGAUCGGAAUCGAACAGAUGGAAAUCGGGUGACGGGAAUCGAUUCCGCGCGGGCGGAACGAUUUUUCACCUAGCGGAUCGAUUCCCUCAUCUCCAAACCCCCAACCCCAUCAGACCGUCAAGACAGCGGCGUUCCGUGCUGCUGCCGUGCCGGGUAACCCGGGGGGAGUAACGUGGUGACCACGCCAUGCUGCCUCUGCCGCUGGAGUCGGCCGCCCGCCUGCUGUCGCUGCUCCUCUCCCUGCUGCUCCACCUGCUGCUACGGCCCGAGUCUCUGCUGCUCCUUGCGUCCGUGGCUGUGUUCUGGGCGGCCGCCAGGCACGGCCCGAGGCUGCGCUCCCUUCCAACCUCCCUCCGCCGCUCCCUCCGCCGCUUCGCCUCCCGCGGCCCCUCCACCCCCCCGGAGCCGUCCCCCCUCACCGGGGGGGGUCCCCCGUGCCCCCCCCCGGCGGGAGUGCCCUGGGGGGCCUGGACGUCGGCCCACCGCCCCCGCGUCACGUGGCAGUACCGCUCGCGCGGGGUGGCGGUGUUCGCCUUGCAAGGCCGGAGGGAGCACAUGGAAGACCGCUUCGCCGUGGCGCAUGGGGAAGCGGCCGCUCCGGCCGGGGCGGCCGGGGAGGCCGGGGAGGCCGCCCCUCGCUGCGGCCGCCGUCACCGCCACGCUCUCUACGGGGUGUUCGACGGGCACGGUGGGGAGGCGGCGGCGGAGUACGUGAAGCGGCGUUUGCCGGACUACUUGCGGCGGCGCCUGGCGGAGGGAGACGGUGCGGACGUGGAGACGGCGCUGCGUGACGCCGUGCGGCGCACCGAGAUGGAGCUCAUGGAGACGCUCGGGCCCGCCGGCAAUGAGGCCGGCACCACGUGCGUGCUGGCGGUGGAGUCGGCGGGGCGACUCUACGUGGCCAACGUGGGCGACUCGCGCGCGGUGCUGUGCGACGCCCGCGGCUGCGCCCUCGCCCUCUCCCACGACCACAAACCGCACCAGCUCAAGGAGCGGCAGCGCAUCAAGCGCGCCGGGCGUCCUGGCCAUGUCCCGCUCCCUCGGCGACUUCCCGCUCAAGCGCAUGGGCGUCGUGACGGCGGAGCCCGACGUCACGGCCGUGGACCUGUCCCUCGUGCGGCCCCGCUUCCUGCUGCUGGCCAGCGACGGCCUCUGGGACGCCUUCGGCAGCCAGGAGGCGGUCGCCUUCGUGUCCGAGCGCCUCGGCGAGCCGCACCUCGGCGCCAAGAGCGUGGCGCUGCAGGCCUUCUACCGCGGCUGCCCCGACAACAUCACCGUGGUGGUGGUGCGCUACCGCCCGCCGCGGGCCGGCGUCGCCGCGGCCGCCGCCGCCACCGCCGGUUCCGCCACCCCGCGGCAGGCGGCCAGGACCGCCUGCUGAUGGGGAGGGCGGCGGUGGAUGGAGGUGGUGGGGAGGGUGAAAGGGACGCGGGGGGUGCUGGUGGACGUGAACAGAGCGUGGGGGGGGGGGGGGGGUUCCGAUCCGGUGUCUCCGGAGGGGGGUGGACUCCCGGAAGCGUGGACGCGAUUCCACGGCGCGGGAAUGCUCGAUCCCGUAACCCUCGGCUCAAAUUCCGCGAUCCCGAGCCGCGAUCCCGAGCCGCGAUCCCCGAGGCACUCGAGUCGAAUCCUGCAUCCUUCCGUUAGGCUCCUGUGGUUUCGGAGAAGAAUCCUCCAACCCGGAUUGUGACCCCCCCUCACCGUAGCUCUGGGACCUGGUUUUAGAGGUGCGAGUUCAUUCCCCGAGCCGCCUAUAACCCCCGGGGAUCGCGUUGAAAUUCACCGUCCGCCGUGUUGAUCUCGUGAUCCGCGGAAAGGCCCUGUGACCCCCGGGUAGAAUCCUACAACUCCAGCAAGCGCCAUCCCCUUAUCGAUUCUCGCGGUGUGGAUUCGGUCACGUGGCUCUGGGUUGAAUCCGGUAGGAUUUCGUUGAAGCCGCUAUCUCGCGAGAUCGGUCCUACAGAUCGAGCGUCGCAGUGGGCUGGUCGAGACGGAGACUCGGCGCGAAACCCCCCCCCAUAAACACUGGGGUUGACCCCAGAGACCUGGGUUAGAUUCCCAGCGAGGGGUGGACAGGACCGCUACGAACAGUUUGUGGCCAUUUAUUCAUAAUAAUGUUAACUUAUUAAUAGCAGGUGACGAUGUUGACGAUGUUGACGACGUGUUUCUCACGACUCGGUCGGCGGACCCAGAAUAUAAUAUAAUAUAUACCCGGAACACCAGGUAUGAUUACAAUCUACCGCCCCCCGCCAAGUGUGUUAAGGCUACGCGGGGGAUCUGCGCGUGUCUGGUGUGCGAGCGCAACGUCUCUGUCGUAAGCUGCUGCGAGCACUAGAUGAUCGAAUAAAAAUAUUAAAACUGCGAACGCACGCAA